AUGGGAAAAGAACAAUUUGAACCGUCAUUUAGGUUAGUUUUAAAUAAAAAUUUUUUAAAUUCAAUUUUAAGUCCGUCAAAAACUGGAUGUUCAUCAAAAACUGAAAGUAGUGACAGGAAAAGAACCCUCAAGAGGUCUACUUCUGAUGCGAUAUUUUUUUUUGAGAAGCGGCCGAAAAUUCUUCCAAUUGGAGACGAAUGCGACCCUUUUUCGUUUCUUAAAAUUGCUGAAUAUUACUACGAUAAAAAAGAUUUGAUACAAUCAUCACGUGAAUUGUGGAAGGCUGCCUCGUAUGCUGUAAAAAUUUUGUUUCUCAAAAUAAAUGUUAACAUUACGUCUAUGAAUGGUCUCGAAGAUUUGUGUUAUUAUGCGAUAAAUAAAUCUACAGUUUAUGAUCAACCUGGCAUUGAAGGUUCUAUGGCAAGGCAAUUAGCAAAAGAUCAAUUUUCGGCAGCAAUAGAGCUUGAGUGUUAUAAUUAUGGCUCUAAAAUUAAAAAGUGGACUUAUGAAGCUAACAAAGAAGAUGUUGUUGAGUUUGUUCAGAAUUUUAUGAAGAUUAAAGAUUAUGACAAGAUCAAAAAGAAUUUGAUGAAGUUUUUAAAAAAUUGGAAAUAUAUUAAUUUUAAAUGUAGCUUCGGUACUGUUAAGUUAGGAAAUGAGAAGUAUUAUUAUACCAUUGAAUGUUGGUGA